AAGCUGCCGCUGUCAUUGCUUUCUACAAUCAGUUCAUGUUCUUCGCUGACGUCAGUCGGAGCUGUCCUGGUGCUAUAUAAGGCUGGCGGCGGUCCCGGGACAGACCCCGUGCUCCCCAAGGCGUCUUCAGCCCGUCCCGGGGGACAGAGACUGGAGCUCCAUCUCACACCGGGCAGACACUCCGACAACCUGGCAGGUGGCACCAUGAGGCAGAGGGGACGCGCUGCGCUCCUAGUGGCUCUGCUGCUCCUGGCACAGCUGCGCCCCGGGAGCAGCCAGUGGAGCCCGGCGACUGCGGCGGCGGCGGCGGCGACCGGGGUCCAGGAUCCGAGUCUGCGAUGGAGUCCCGGGGCGCGGAAUCAGGGCGGCGGCGCCCGGGCGCUCCUCUUGCUGUUAGCCGAGCGCUUCCCGCGCCGCGCCGCAGGAUCGGGGACCGCAGGCGAGCGGCAGCGACGGGGCGACCCUCCGCUGUCCAUUGACCUCACCUUCCACCUGCUGAGGACCCUGCUGGAGCUGGCCCGGACACAGAGUCAGCGCGAGCGCGCAGAGCAGAACCGCAUCAUACUCGACUCGGUGGGCAAGUGAUCCGCCCGGUGUGGGGGCCCCCCCGAAAGGCUCGACCCUUUCCCCUGCCUACCGCGGGGCUGGAGCGCGCGCGCGACCGAAGCCGGCUCAGUCCCGCGGUGCAGCGCCGCCCAGAGUCACCCUGAGCACUCUGCGUGGCUAUUUUUUUAAAUAAAACUGCCCAAGA